GGCGGCCAUGGCUGCCGGGCAGGGUGGCGGCGGAGGCCUGGAGGCCCUGGGCCCCGGAGGGCUGAUGUCGGCGGCCCAGGCUCUUUCCCUGCCGGCCGAGGCCUACGGCAAUGACCCCAACAUCGAGAUGGUUUGGGCUAUGAAGGCAGUGCAGCACGCUGAGGUCUACUACAACCUCAUUUCCUCAGUUGACUGUCAGUUCCUGAAACUCACCAAAGUGGACGACCGGAUCUAUUCGGAGUUCCGGGAGUGCUUCAAGGAUCUCAAGGUGGACGUGUUGGAUCCAGAGGAGCUCAAGUCAGAGCCGGCGAAAGAGAGGUGGAGGCCGUUCUGUCUGAGGUUCGACGGGGUCGUGGAGGACUUCAACUACGGCACCUUACUGCGGCUGGACUGCACGCGGGACUACAGUGAAGAGAACACCAUCUUCGCUACCAGGAUCCAAUUUUUCGCCAUCGAGAUUGCCCGGAACCGGGAAGGUCACAACCGAGCCGUUUUCGCCGGCACCCAGAAGGACGAGACGGCCGAGAAGAGCGCCGGGACUCCCGCGUGAGGGCAGGAGCCUUCCAGCGACUCCCACUCAUCUGGACCGGCGGGCACAUCGCCCCGGGAGGCCAGGAGGACCGGGACAGACCGCGCUCGCGCCUUCCGCGGGCCGGGGGAGGGACGGAGAUAGCCUCCGUCCCUCCUGCUGUUAGGAACCCAAGUCCUCGGCCGGGGCGACCUCAGGGGAUGCCGGAGAUGAGGCGUUUCUUUUCGGUCAAGGCCACGGGGGGGGGGAAAUUCGACGAAGCGGAGAUCGUGGACUGGUGAAACUGUGACUUUGCCGGAGGCCCCCACGCGGAGCACGGUCACUGUAAAUAAAACCCCGUUUUGGAG